AGGUCUAGACCUGCUGAGAGGAGAACAUUAAUUCCAAAUUAUUUGAAAUUAAAUAAUCUGUGUUAAAAUGUACACAAUUAAGCUCUUCCUUCUUAUUGCUCCUCUAGUGAUUUCUUCUACAAUUGAACGAGAUUAUUUACCACUUGAUUCUGUCUCUUCAGAACCAAAAUCAAGAUUUGCUAUGUUGGAUGAUGUAAAAAUUUUAGCCAAUGGCCUCCUUCAGUUGGGGCACGGUCUUAAAGACUUUGUCCAUAAGACUAAGGGCCAAAUUAAUGACAUAUUUCAAAAACUGAACAUAUUUGAUCAGUCUUUUUAUGAUCUGUCACAGCAAGCCAGUGAAAUCAAACAAGAAGAAAAGGAACUUAGAAGAACUACAUCCAAACUCCAAGCCAAGAAUGAAGAGGUGAAGAACAUGUCACUUGAACUCAACUCAAAACUUGAAGACCUCCUAGAAGAAAAGAUUCUACUUCAAGAAAAAAUGAGAUACUUGGAGGAACAAUUAACUAAAUUUAUUAAAAAUCAACCGGAAACCCAGGAACAUCCAGAGGUAACUUCUCUGAAAACUUUUGUAGAACAGCAAGAUAAUAACAUCAAAGACCUUCUUCAGUCUGUGGAAGAGCAAUACAGACAACUAAACCAACAGAACCGUCAAAUAAAAGAAAUAGAAGAGCAGUUAAGAAGAAUAGAUACUCAAGGACUCUCAGAAAAUUCUAUUUCUCCUAAAUCAAGAGCACCAAGAGCUGCUCUUGCUCUCCACUUGAAUGAAACAAAAGAUGCAGAAUGUAAUGAUAUCCCUGCUGACUGCACUACCAUUUUUAACAGAGGUGAACGUCCAAGUGGCAUCUACUCCAUUAGAGCCGGCAACUCUCAGAUGUUUAAUGUCUACUGUGAUGUUACAUCAGGCACUUCAUGGACGCUAAUUCAGCGCCGAACAGAUGGGUCGCAAAACUUCAAUGAAACUUGGGAGAACUAUAAACGUGGCUUUGGGAGACUGGAGGGAGAAUUUUGGUUGGGUCUAGAGAAGAUAUACUCUAUAGUGCAGCAGUCUACUUACAUUUUACGAAUUGAACUAGAAGACUGGGAAGACAACAAAUUUUACCUUGAAUAUUCUUUUCAUUUGGGAAAUCAUGAAACUAACUAUAGGUUACAACUAGUUGAGAUUACUGGCAAUGUCACCAACGCCUUCCUAGAAAAAGAUUUGGUGUUUUCUACUUGGGAUCACAAAGCAGAGGGACAAACCGGCUGCACAGAAAGUUACUCAGGAGGCUGGUGGUGGCGUGACGUGUGUGGAGAAAACAGUCUAAAUGGUAAAUAUAGCAAGUCAAGAGCAAAGUCAAAGGCAGAGGAAAGAGGAGGAAUUUGUUGGAAGACUCAAGAUGGAAAGCUCUACUCUAUCAAGUCAACCAAAAUGAUGAUCCAUCCAAGAGAUUCCGGAAAGCACCGAAUGAACAGAGGAAAUUCUAGAAAACCGAUAAACUGA